UUCGCACUCAGUGUUUUUUUCUGUUAUAUUGUUAUUGUAAUAUUCACAUUUUUAUUGUUUAUAUUAUUCUAUUCCGAUACGACGGAAGGUCUUUCGGCGCACAGUAUACUCAUUUACUCAGUAAAAAAUUAUCAUACCAAUAGAAAUUUAGCUGAUUUUGUGGAUUAUAUUCAAGAACAGCUUGAAUGCUGUGGUGUAUCAUCAGCUUCACAAGGUUAUCGGGACUGGCAACUCGCGGAUCAGUUCAAUUGUAAUCCGACCAAUCCUUACCCAGAAAAAUGUGGAGUACCAUUCAGUUGCUGCAAACGAUCUGUGGUAUCAGAGGCAGCGGCUGGCUCUACCAAUCCUUUAUUACCAGCAAUGCGAUCAUUGCAAUGUUGGCAGAAUGCGCAAACAAAACGUCCUCAAGAGUUGGAAACUGAUUUACACACACGAGGAUGCUUGCAACCGUUACGGAUACUUUUCGAAAGUCAUGCCGUACACGUCGGUGCCGUUGUCGCCAUCAUCAUUAUUCCUGUUUGUAUAUCAGUAUGUCUAUCAAAUAUCUUGGCCAAACAAAUCGAUCACCAACGAUAUUUGCUAGAGCGUGAAGCUCGUCGCUGCGAGCGACGUCGUAGACGUAAUGAACGAAUUCGUUUCCGUGAUCCAUAUACAACUGCUAUUGAAACUAAUACCAAUGAACUCAAACGUUCUACUGGCGCUCCACAGCAUAACACGGGUCAAAAUUCAGACGAUAGUACAACUGUCAUCGACCGUGGACUGGAAUCUGUUAAAGUGAUUGAGUCAUCACGCCCUUCUAUAACUGUUCAGCCAGAAAAAAAACUUCCUCCCUUAAAUUUAUUAAAUUUUUCGCAAUCACCACCACUGGUGCCUCCUCAUGAGGCUUCUUCACCGAAUGGUGAGGUCCGACGGCAUCGAAAACAUUAUCGACCAACAAGUAUUUCACCAUCAAAACACAUCGUUCAAACUUCGACGGCAGUAAAUCAGCACCAAAGGAUACCAAACGGAACGUCAACAUCAGCCCCUCAAAAUAAACAGAAGCAACGAAAACGUUCAUUGGUUACCCCUUCAUCAUCAAAAAAGUCAGCCGAAAAUCGGACGCAGCAAUGGGUUUUGGAGCAAUCUGAUCUUGUUGGCUAUGAGCCUGUUGGCUAA